UAACAGUGUAGAUCAAUCACUUUUCUUAAUUUGCGUGCCCAUACAAAUGUAGUGACUAAAACGGAACUGAGGAAGUACUACUAGUUAUAUUCUAGUAAAUGACUCCUGAUGUUUCUAAAAGACAAAUAACUGAUUCUCCCUCGAUCUUUCCUUCUGUAUUCUAAACCUAUAACCCCAUAUUUUCCUACAAACAAAAUCGAAAUUACUUGCAAUUUGUAUCGAUUUAAUCAAUGGAAUCCCAAACAUCCCAUGAUCUUUCAUCAAAUCUACACCAAAGAAUCCUUGAAAACACUCCUCCACACCCAAAUCAGCAAAACCUCUCUCAAAAUUUCUGGGAUACCUUAAAAGGUAACCUUAAUUUAAGGUCGAAAUGGGGCGAAUUAAAUGGUGCAAUGGGAGAUUUGGGCACUUUCAUCCCUAUUGUCCUAGCGCUAACAUUAGCAAAAAAUCUCGAUUUGGGCACUACUCUAAUAUUCACUGGUGUAUAUAACAUAGUCACUGGGGCAAUCUAUGGUGUGCCUAUGCCAGUUCAGCCCAUGAAAUCUAUUGCUGCAGUUGCUCUUGCUAAUCAAGAUUUUGGAAUUCCAGAGAUUAUGACAGCUGGGAUUUGUACUGCAGGUAUAUUAUUUGUUUUGGGUGUUACCCACUUAAUGCAACUUGUUUAUGUGUUAAUUCCUUUAUCUGUUGUUAGAGGAAUUCAGCUGUCACAGGGGUUAGCAUUUGCAAUGGCUGCUGUAAAGUAUGUAAGAAAAGAACAAGACUUUGCUAAGUCAAAGAGUUCGGGUGAUAGACCUUGGUUGGGUUUAGAUGGUUUGAUAUUAGCUCUUGUUUGUGGGUGUUUCAUCAUUCUUGUGAAUGGUGCUGGGCAAGAUAGAGGACAUGAUGAAAUUGAUUUGGAAUCAAAUGGGGAUAGUGAGGUAGAGGGAUUAAGAAAUAGGGGUUUUAGGAGGGUUUUAUAUUCUCUUCCUAGUGCUUUCAUGAUCUUCUUAUUAGGGGUUAUUUUGGCAAUUGUUAGAGGACCUAAAGAAGUGAUCAAUGGUUUCAAAUUUGGACCUUCUCCCAUUCAUGUUUUAAACAUUCCUAAAGAGUCAUGGAAACAAGGGUUUAUCAAGGGGACAAUUCCACAAUUACCUUUAUCAAUACUGAACUCUGUCAUUGCUGUGUGUAAGUUGACAUCUGACCUUUUUCCAGGCAAGGAUUUCUCGGCGACAUCAAUUUCUGUAUCAGUUGGGAUGAUGAAUUUAGUUGGAUGUUGGUUUGGUGCUAUGCCAUGUUGCCAUGGAGCUGGUGGUUUGGCAGGACAAUAUAAGUUUGGUGGAAGAAGUGGAGGAUGUGUUGCACUUUUGGGUAUAAGCAAAUUAGUAAUUGGGAUUGUAUUAGGGAGUUCAAUUAUAAAAAUACUUGACCUGUUUCCUGUUGGAGUAUUGGGUGUAUUGCUAUUAUUUGCAGGACUUGAACUAGCAAUUGCUUGUAGGGACAUGAACACAAAGGCAGAGGCUUUUGUGAUGCUUUUGGUCACAGCUGUAUCUUUGGUUGGAUCAGGUGGUGCAUCACUUGGUUUUUUGUCCGGGAUUAUCGCUCAUUUUCUUCUUAAGUUGAGAAUAAUGGACAGUCUGCAGUCUUUCCCUAGAUUAUGGAUGGAAAGAAACUCAUGAUCGAAUUAUAAUAUAUAUAUUAUCAGAUUGGUGAUUGGAUCUGAGCUAUUAAUUUUUUUCAUUUUACGAAGAUAAGCUGGGAGACAUCUAAUGACAUGGGGUAAUGGAGUAUUGCUGUUGAAAUCUGAUCUUGCUGCAACUCAUGUCUACCAUCUAUGGCUUGAUAACUACUGCCCUACUGGCAUUAUGUCAGUAAAACUAUUGUCUUAUUGAGUGAUUUAUGCUUCAUAAUUUUAAAGGAUAUAUAAUAACAAUCAGUUCUUCCAUUUAUGGUUUUGCAAAUCAAUAACAGAUCAUGCUAUAGCAGUUGAUUGCGGUAAAAGUGAAUUGAAAGUCUGUUUGGAACAAGGGUUGGCAGGAAAGUUUGUUAGCUUUGAAUAGUUUGUUUAACUGUGUAUUCUUUUAGUAUCGUGUCUGUAUAGUUUAGAUCUAUAUUUACAUCAUAUUCUAAUCAUUUGAACAUAAAGAAUAAACACAUCUCUGUCGAUCUAUCCUCUGCUCUAUCCUUCUGUGAUUGUUUGCUAAGGACAGUAGCUGUACUAGCUGAUCUUGGGCAGCCUCUUGCAGAUCACACCAUAAAAAAUCUGUAUCCACAUGAUUUUUGAUCGAGUACGCACAUACUUCAGAUGUGAUUCUAGUCUCAUUAAUGCAUCCUGAAUCUUCUAAGCUCGAUCUUCCAAGCUCAAUCUUUAUGUUCUUGGCCACAUCGUUCUCGGGUUUAUCAAUAAUAGCAAUGGACGAUAAAUUAAACCUCACUUACUCUUCCUUGUAAGUGGCUUUGAUGACUAAACUCGACCAACGUAUUAGCAUCAUGCAGUUGCAGGCAUCCUGAGUACGUUUAUUGGUUCAUGCUCAUGUGCAACAACACAGCCGGCUCAGGGUGUAUACUCGGCUCAUGCACGGUUCCUGUUGUAGCAUGGAGGUUUGAGUUGUGUGGUUGAUAAGCUGAAUAUGUAUCCUCAUUUUCAUUCAUUCUUCAACUCCGAGCAUCCUCAACCGACGCUUAAAUGUAGUUUACGUUUAUAGUAGUGGACCUUUGUUAUGAUUUAUAUCAGUACAUCUUAGUAUUUGAAAUCGAAUGGAUCAUUAGCGCGACAAAUUAUCCAAGUGAAAGUUUUCUAAUUAUAGUAAACAUACUGCCAGACACUUCUUUUUAGUAUCAUCAACAAAAUUCUUCCAUCACAUGAUUUCUGCUCCCCUGGAUGAGCAUAUCCUUUAGUCCUUGACUAUUUUCUGAAGAUAUGACAUUCAAACAUGCAUUUUGUGGAGCAUCUUGAUGAUUGGUGUUAUCAGAAACUGCUACAUGUAACAAAGAUUAGGUUUAUCCAAUUGUAAACACGUAACGAAACACAGCAAAUACUUCACUUGUACUUCCUCAUCCAAACAUCCAUAUCUCUGUUUUGAGUUUCUCAUAAGUUUGAAGAACUUGGGUUUCAUCAACAUAAAUUAGGCAAUGAUCAGUACUUAAAAGCCUUGGGACGGAGCGAGGGGUGUCUGAUAUUAACGUUUUCUGUUGUAAACAUCAAGAAGCUCCAAAUAUGCAGGCAAAUCUUUAAGGCCUGCGCAACUUCACAGGUAUCUGUUUCGUUAGUUGUGUUGUGAAUUGGAGGCGCACACAGGCAAUUGAAAUGAUUUGAAAAACUUCAAUAACAAAGGUUUAGUGAUUUCAGUAGAGGUGCUCAUUCACGCUCAUGUCGGUUGAAGAAUAAUUAUUCAAAUUAUUUGGUUAGUGUCGAUUCAAUGCCGAUUAAAAUUUGAGUGGAGUGUUAAUGGGGCUCCAAUUGUCAUAGGUUAAUAAUUGGUUUG